AUAUACAGCAUUAUCGCAGGAGCACCAAACUGUGACACGACCGCUUUUUGAGCAGUGGAAUUCACCUUUGAACAAGAUUUUUCACGGGUGCUUCUUUGGGUUUUCAGUCAUACAACAACCCGUUUGCAGUCGCCUCGCUUUGCUUUUGCAUCCAUCUGUACUUCCUGUGUGCAGUGCAGGAUUGUCACCGGUUGACACAAGGUACUGAUGGGCUGACUGAGUUAAUCAGCAUUGUGUGAACACAUGUAGUUUGAAUUUAAUGGACAUGUUUAUAUUUUAUGAUACGCACUGCAAAUAACUUUUGUGUAACUAAUGCAUGUAAGUGUAAGUGUUUUUUUAAGUGUGUGUCAAGGUUUACUUUAUAACUGCACAGCACUUUGGUCGCCAAUGUGUAUGAGCUUUAUUAAUAAAUUGGAUUAGAUUGAAACGGGUGUAUCCACACUUCAUGUUUAUUAAUGUGUGGUUGUUGUACUUGACCAUCCUUCUCUGAGAUCCUUCCAGGGUUAUGAAGAAGAAUCAAACUGCAUCAGUGUCCUCCCACUACUGCUGCAGACAGGAAAGAGGAGCAGAACAGACACAGUCUGAGGCAGCAGCACCAACUGGCAGCACCGUUCUGACAUCAGUGGAGCUACAAGUGUAAAGUCACACAUGGAGCACCUAAAUGUGACAAACAAUACUUUCAUAAACUCUGUGGACUGUCCGUCCAUCGAUGACUUCCGUAACCAGGUGUACUCCACAUCUUACGGCCUCAUCACUGUGUUCGGCCUGGUUGGGAACGGGUUUGCCCUGGCAGUGCUGCUUAAAACAAGCCAGCAGAGUUCUCCCUUUCAUGUCUACAUGAUAAACCUGGCUGUGUCUGACCUGCUCUUUGUUUUGACACUGCCAAUGCGAAUUAUUUACUAUGUCAAAAGGGGCCAGUGGGACCUCGGGGAUAUCCUCUGUCGCAUCAGUUCCUACUGCCUCUAUGUCAACCUCUACUGCAGUAUUUACUUCAUGGCUGCCAUGUCUAUCACACGUUUCUUGGCCAUUGUCUUCCCUGUGCAGAACCUGCGGCUGGUGACAGAGAACCGGGCCCGACUGGUGUCCGUUGUCAUAUGGUUGCUCAUCUGUAUUUCGUCAAUUCCCUUCCUCUUGACUGGCCAGCAUUUUGAUUUGACCACAAAUAAAACCAAGUGCUUCGAUCCUCAACCAGGGAAGGGCGAUUGGCAGAAACUACGUAAACUGAACCAUCUUUCUAUGACUUUAGGCUUCGGUCUGCCAUUCCUGGUAAUCCUGCUCUGCUAUGCCGGCAUCAUCCAUGCCCUGCUCACUCGCACCAAUGCUGCGAGACAGCAACGGGACACGGGCAUCAAAGCCAUCCGAAUGAUUGUCAUUGUCUUGCUGACCUUCCUCAUCUGCUUCACACCGUACCAUGUGCAGCGAACUAUCCACCUGAACUUUAUGACUCGGAACGACACCACCUGCUCAGAGAAGGUUGCGAUGCAGAAGUCUGUGGUGGUGACGCUGAGUCUGGCUGCUGCCAACUCCUGCUUUGACCCUAUGCUUUAUUUUUUCUCUGGAGAGGCUUUCCGCCGCCGCUUGUCCUCAAUUCGAUUUGCAAUGACAAACAGGGGUGGUAUAAAAUCAUAGAAGAACCAGGUGAUCGCCCAGGGUCAUGAGCUGGGUGGGGAAUUAAAAUCUGAUUUAUACUCCGUUGCUUGACGCUUUGAUAACUGAUAAUUAUCAAUAACUGUUGUUCAAUAAAACUUAAAACAGUGAUUCACGCAACAUUUUCAGCGUAUGUUCCUGCACAUAUUUUCAGUGGUGUUUGCAUAACCACUCACCUCCAGCUGGUUCUGUGAUUUGUUUAUUUGUAUCUAGCUCUGUGCUACUUUUGUUUUUUUAAGUUUUGAUAAUGUAUGGUUAGUCGCUUAACUGAGGAGGAAGAGAUUUUGAAUUUGCUUUAUUGAGAGGACAACAGAAGUGCAAGAAGUCUGGUUCUGUCAGAGAUUUCUACCUGUUAAAAGGGAAAAAUGUUUACACAUGUUAUAAAUAGAGUGAUACAAAAGCUUUUCUCACAGACUUCUUCUUAUAAGGUUCUCUUUGCAAUCAGUAGUGCUGCCCCUGAUGGCUGGUUAAUAGUAGAUCAUGUUAAAUGUUUACACACGGCCCAUGGAUUGGUCCCAUGGCACUCACUUUUCAAUUUCAGUGGUAACAUAUGAAUUGAAGGGUUUAUUUAAAGUGAACAUAUGCUGAAAGUGGAGUCAGGAGAAGGCAAGAAAGGUUUGCGAGGAGACUGGGUCGCUGUAUAAAUAUAUAUAUAUAUAUACAUACGAGAGUGCAUAUAUAUAUAUACACAUGCACUGUGAUCAUGUAUAUAAACAGCAAACAUCAAUAGCAUACGUUGUAUUACUAUAGUCAUGUUGUGUACAAAUGACUGCAUUAAAUCAUCAGAUAUGUCAGUUCAGUGUGCUUGCUUCCUCUCUGACAUGCACCCUGUCAUUAAAAGCCACCAUGUGCAAUCUUUUUAGAUAUGCUGACAGUCCUAUUACGCACUUGAAGAUAAAAUUGGUUUAACAAGUAAGUCGAUGCUGUCUGAUUACUGAGUAACGUCACCACUAACACAAAAUAAAGCCAUUCUUUUUGACAUUGACUCAUUGGUAUCUUAAAACUGACUGAAUUGAGCACAGUUGGACACAAUAAAGUAAACCCUGGCCACUAAAUCCAUUCAUAUUCAUGUGUUCAUGAGGAGAUGAGUCUGGAGGAGGUUGUUGUAGA